AUGAAGAUUACCGUAAAGACCACCCAGCAGAAGGUUUUCCAGGUCGAUGUCGAGGGCCAGGACACCAUCGCUACCCUCAAGGACAAAAUCCAGGAGUCCCAAGGCCAUGCUGCUGCCACCCAGAAAAUAAUAUACUCUGGAAAGGUGCUCGUCGAUGACAAGACCAUUGAAUCGUGUGGAAUCAAGGAGAAGGAUUUCCUUGUUUUGAUGGUCUCCAAACCUAAGCCUACACCAGCACCCGCACCCUCUACAUCCGCCGCACCUGCAGAGGCCCCUGCCCCCGCUGCUCCAUCGCAGCCUGUCACAGCUCCCUCAACUGGAACUGGCACAGCACCCGCACCCGCACCCGCGCCCGCUACUGAUGUCACCAUGGCUGCCCCAUUGUCAACGCCAUCCACGUCCGCUCCAGCUUUUGGCGAUCUUAGCUCCUUUCUCUCCGGAGAGGGGCUGCAAUCUGCAAUCAACAAUAUGGUUGAAAUGGGGUUCCCUAAAGAACAGGUUCUCCGGGCCAUGCGCGCUAGUUUUAACAACCCCGACCGCGCCGUGGAAUAUCUCAUGAAUGGGAUCCCCGCACAUCUUGAAGCAGAGAGUGCCCGUCAGGCUCCAACCUCACCUCCUCAAUCUUCUCAAGCACCCGCUCCUGCUCCUGCUGCUGCUGCGGCGGCAGCAGCAGCACCAUCUUCAAAUCAGCCUCAACCAGGUCAACCACAGAAUCUUUUCCAGUUGGCGCAACAGCAGCAACAAGGAGGAGGUGUUCCAGGCGGUGGUAAUCUUGGCGGCCCAGGUGCUGGUGCUGGUGCCGGCGGUCUCAACCUCGAAGCUCUCCGCGACAAUCCUCAAAUUCAGUUGCUCCGCCAACAGAUGGCUCAAAAUCCCGGCUUGAUUCAGCCUCUGAUACAGCAACUUGCUACUCAGAACCCUGCCAUUGCACAGAUGAUUGCGCAGAAUCCCGAAGCGCUCUUCCAGCUUUUGGGCAUCGAAUUGGACGACGAGGAAGGCGGCAACGGCGGCCAACCUCCCCAAAACGCUCACACUAUCAGCGUUACAGAAGAAGAAAGGGCAGCCAUUCUCCGAUUGGAAGGCCUUGGGUUCCCUCGGCACGCUGUGCUAGAGGCCUACUUUGCCUGUGACAAGAACGAGGAGCUUGCGGCUAAUUAUUUGUUUGAAGGUGGAUUUGACGACUAG